CAACUCAGAUGAGUUUGACGUUCGGAAGAGUUACUUCGAUUUAUCAACUAUGGGAAAGUUUCUAUGCGGCAGCGUUUUACGAAUAAUCGCUCUGCAUAUUGCACUCUGUGGCUUGGGAGUGUCAAUGUUUUCAAUUUACUAUCAAAUUCAAUUUGUUAAAUGGCUUAAGCCUCUCGAAGAGAUCUACACCAGGGACUUUCCAUUCACCAGAGACUCAUUUGAAGAGUAUUAUAAAUUGAGCCGAGCCUAUAUCGCUUUUAAAGCAAUUACCUUGUUGGUCAACUUGUUGCUGCUGGUAUCUAUUGCCUUGAAGAACCAAUAUUUGGCAAUAACCUGGCUUGCGUGGGGCAUUAUCGACGUUCUUUUCAUGUUAGCACUGUUGUUUUACUGCAUUUCUGAAUGGAAACUGCAACACCGUUACUUGGUUGGGAUACUCGCAUGGUGCGUCAUUAAGAUUUUCUUCAUCUUCGUGAUGUGUGCAUAUAUUGCGUUCCUUCGUAAAGAACUCUUAGCUCAGGAUAUGGAAAUACGAACUGUUACUUGUGCUGAUAUCCAUGGCAAUCAAACUCAAACGGUUGACAUGGGACAUCUUUUCCAAUACGCGGCUCCGUGCCAGGCCUCUGUGACGUCAAAGUCUGACGUAAGAUACCCUCCCUUACAAGCCGCACCACACAAUACUGUGACGUCUUAUGAUGGCUUAUUGCUACCUGAAACGAUGCAAGUUGACGAAAGAAAUCUUUCUGCAUCAGCGGCACCGGACAAAACUACUGUGACGUUACUUUAAGGCGUAGAAUAUCCACUUCGAGACGUCGUAAGAUGAGAGUAGCACCCGUCAAGGUUUCUGUGACGUCUGCCGGUCUUGCAUGACGUCACGGCUAGCAAGCAUAACUAACUUAAGAAUUUGCUGAUUACCGCUGGUGAUGUUUUAUUUUGCCUGAACAAAAUAGAUAGGGCAAGCUACUCUUUUGAGUUAUUCAUUUUACCUCUAAACGUAGCGUUAGGAAUAACUUAUUGCACACCUUUUCCAUAAGAGCUGGAAGGCUUCAACAAGAUACGGUAGCAAAUUAAGGAAACCGAUGGAUGUUAAUAACAAUAACACAAGCGUCCAAAGGGUUGGCGCAAAUGAAAGACUCGUGUACGUUAUACUGGGAGACUUAGGUGUCUGUGGCUAGGUAGGACUAUGAAUAUAAAUAAUCCUAAAUUAUGUUACCAAAUGGUUAUGUAUUGUUAUUAAAUUAAAGGCGGCUGGAUAGGAAACCC